GCCAGGCUACACGGGGCCGGACACGCACGGUUCUCGAACGGCACACAUUCCGCCACGGCAGCCAGUCAGCAAGGAAAUUCGUCGUGUCCGUGUGGCGCAAGUCGGCAACCGGAUCAUUCCAGCCAAGCUGCAUCGAACGCCAGCGAGUGCGGUUCCCGAAACGUGCCAAUUUCGCGUUCCAGCAAGGCAGCGUGGCAGCAUAACACGCAGGUGUGCGACGGCGGUGGGCGGAUGCGCGACGACGGUGAAAGAGAGCGGUGAAAGCGGCUGGCCGCAAUUGCUCGUCGAGUGCGAAGAGAAGAAAAGAAAAAAAAAACGACGGUUCCAUAUCGACGGUGCGCACAAUAGCGAGCAUUGUUUGGCUGCAACGUUCCCACCACAAAAAAAACGUGUAUGCGACACCUGACGCAACUGGACACGUAGCCAAGAAACCGGGUGGUCCACAACGGGGGGCAGGAUGCGAGUGACGAACAUACGGGGCGGCCGGAUAUUUCGGAUCGCGGUCAGUCUAGCGAUAGUGGGCCUCAUAUUGUACAUGAUCGCGGCCUGGUCCGGCGUCGACCAGCACAAGGUGAAAGAGGUGUACCACGCGCGCUUCGCGGCACACCGUACAGGCGAGGGCGGGGGGGAUGCGGCCCCGGACCGCAGCCACCCGAAGGAGGUACCGCAGCUGGUGGAGGGACUGGGCAACUUCGAGCCAGUGGCCAGCCCAACGCCGGACGGACCCGGCGAGGGUGGCAAAGCGUACGUACUGCCCGAGGAGCAACAGAACCGGGCCACCGACGCCGAGAUGGAGUACGGCAUGAACAUCGUCGUGUCGGACGCCAUCUCGCUGGACCGCACGAUCAAAGACACCCGGUUGGAGGAGUGCAAACACUGGGACUACCCGUACGAGCUGCCCCGGACGAGCGUCAUCAUCGUCUUCCACAACGAGGGUUUCAGCGUGCUGAUGCGCACGGUUCACUCCGUGCUGAAUCGCUCCCCGAAGCACCUGCUGCACGAGAUCAUCCUCGUGGAUGACUACUCGGACAAGGAGGACCUGCGCGAGAAGCUCGAGCGGUAUAUCGAGCGGUUCGGCAGCAUGGUCAAGCUGAUCCGGAAUAGCGAACGCGAGGGUCUCAUCCGGACACGGUCCCGCGGCGCAAACGAGGCCACCGGCGAGGUGAUCGUCUAUCUCGACGCCCACUGUGAGGUCAACACGAACUGGUUGCCACCGCUGUUAGCGCCCAUCCAUCGGGAUCGGACGGUCAUGACCGUGCCCAUCAUCGACGGGAUUGACCACAACACGUUCGAGUAUCGGCCGGUGUACGCGGAUGGGCACCAUUAUCGCGGCAUCUUCGAGUGGGGCAUGCUGUACAAGGAGAACGAGGUGCCACGGCGUGAGCAGAAGCGCCGGAAGCAUGAUAGCGAACCGUACCGCAGCCCGACCCACGCCGGUGGCCUGUUCGCGAUAAAUCGGAAGUUUUUCCUCGAGCUCGGUGCGUACGAUUCCGGCCUGCUCGUGUGGGGUGGAGAAAAUUUCGAGCUAAGCUUCAAGAUCUGGCAGUGUGGGGGCAGCAUCGAGUGGGUGCCGUGUUCGCGCGUUGGCCACGUGUACCGUGGCUUCAUGCCGUACAACUUUGGUAAGCUGGCGAGCAAAAAGAAGGGCCCACUGAUCACGAUCAACUACAAGCGCGUCAUCGAGACGUGGUUCGACGGUCCGUACAAGGAGUAUUUCUACACGCGCGAACCGCUGGCACGGUUCCUCGACAUGGGCGACAUUAGCGAGCAGCUCGCGCUGAAGGAGCGCCUACAGUGCAAGAGCUUCCAGUGGUACAUGGAUAACGUCGCGUACGACGUGCUGGACAAAUACCCGAUGCUGCCGGCGAACGUGAAAUGGGGCGAGCUGAGCAACGUUGGGAAGGAAAAGUGUGUGGACGCGCUCGGGCGCCAGCCACCGGCCGUGAUUGGGUUGCAGCCGUGUCACGGGCAGGGCCACAACCAGCUGAUCCGGUUGAACGGAGCUGGCCAGCUUGGGGUCGGUGAGCGUUGCAUUGAGGCGUACAAUGCCGAGAUUAAGCUCGCCUUUUGCCGGCUCGGAACCGUCGACGGACCGUGGCAGUAUGAUGAGCAAUCUGGCACGUUGCUGCACCGGACACACAAGAAGUGUAUGGGGUAUCAGCCGCAGACGCGCCAGCUAGCGCUUAUGCCGUGUGACAUCAACAACGCGUACCAGUCGUGGAAAUUUCAGGAGAUUCAACCGCAUUGGUAACGCCGGCGAGGGCAGUGAGCAGAUCCUGGCCGGUUGCAGACGGCGGAACCACCUCAAUACAGCAAUCAAAAGGAACACUUUUCUUUCUUAGUAAAAACUUAAAUGCAAAACCCAACCGGGCGAACCGGCCGGUGGGUGGCUGCAUCCUGGGGGAGGGGGAAAGGGCGCCCCUGGUUGUUGAAAGUAUUUUUCUUUCCAUUUUACUUUUAGUACGUUGAUGAACAGUUUGGCCGUUAUACGAGUGUAUGCGCGCGCGUGUGUAU